GCCACAGACAUGAUUAUCGAUCGUCCGGGUAAGCUUUGGUUACAUUUUGAACCGGAAGACAAAUCGGAUCAACACAAUGAAUUGGUGUACGAAUUCUCGGCACCGGGAGUAGCACUGGCGAUGUAUAAUGUCGAUGAGUCUAUCAGAGGGUUCGCUCAUAGUAGUUUUCGGGUAGCAUUGGACAAAGAAAUGCCCUUGUAUUUAAGCACCAAAAACACCAUACUGAAGAAAUACGACGGUCGAUUCAAAGAUAUCUUUCAAGAAAUUUACGAAAGAGAUUACAAGGAUAAAUUUGAUGCAAAGAACAUCUGGUAUGAGCACAGACUUAUUGACGAUAUGGUUGCCCAAGCCCUGAAAUCCAAUGGUGGAUUUGUGUGGGCAACAAAAAAUUAUGAUGGGUUAGUUUCUGACAGACCUUUCUUCCGCACAUCUUAUCAACUUAUAUUCACGUCAUCAAAUUCUUUCCACAAUUUUAGUGAUGUGCAGUCCGAUAUUUUGGCCCAAGGAUUUGGUUCAUUGGGCUUAAUGACCAGCGUACUUGUAGCUCCGGACGGGAAGACCAUGGAAUCCGAAGCCGCUCACGGCACAGUGACCAGACAUUAUCGGCAGUACCAACAGGGUCAAGAAACUUCGACAAAUCCGAUUGCAUCAAUAUUUGCGUGGACACGCGGUCUAGCUCACAGGGCUAAAUUGGAUGACAAUCAAGAAUUGUCGAAAUUUUCUCAGGAUCUUGAGAAGGCGUGCGUGGAAACGGUAGAGGUUGACGAAAAAAUGACCAAGGAUCUGGCAUUGGCAAUUCAUGGCGCAAACAUGAAACGAGAACAUUAUGUUACCACCGAUGAAUUUUUAGAGCACGUUGCAGAAAAUCUUAAAGGUGCACGCAACGGAUAG